GAGCAGAAGUUUGAUUUGUAGAAAAACCAACCAUGCAGAUGGGAAGUAGAUCAGUGGCAACAUCUUUUAGGAUUCCGGAACAGGUUUUGCCGUCAAGCGGGCGGCGGAUGCAGCGUUUGGGCUUCGGGACGGCAGCCUACCCGCUGGUAACACCGGAAGUUACAAAGCAGGCGAUUCUCAAAGCAAUCGAGCUUGGUUAUCGACACUUUGAUACGGCUCAUAUCUACGGAUCGGAACAGCCGCUUGGCGAAGCAAUCGUUGAAGCAAUUUCGCGUGGCUUAAUUAAAUCUCGAGACGAGCUCUUCAUCACUUCCAAGCUCUGGUGCAGUGAUGCUUACGGAGAUCUUGUUCUUCCUGCACUUCAUAGGAGCUUGCAAAAUCUCAAGUUGGAGUACCUCGAUCUCUAUCUUAUUCACUGGCCUCUGACCUUAAAACGAGGUAGAUAUGAGUUUGGAGUAAGGAAGGAAUAUAUUUUACCCAUGGAUUUCGGCUCCGUGUGGGCAGCCAUGGAAGAUUGCCAGAGGCUUGGCCUUACCAAGUCCAUUGGUGUCAGCAAUUUUACCUGCAAAAAAUUAGCUGACCUACUUGUCUUUGCAAAGAUCCCUCCGGCUGUUAAUCAGGUGGAACUCAACCCACUGUGGAACCAAAAGAAGCUAAGAGAAUUUUGCAAGGAAAAUGGGAUCAUUGUCGUGGGUUACUCUCCAUUGGGAGCCUCAGGAACCCUUUGGGGCAACAAUAAAGUUCUUGAGAAUGAAGUGCUCAAGGAAAUAGCGGAGGCAAAAGGGAAGACGGUUGCUCAGAUAUGUCUGAGAUGGGCAUUUGAAGAAGGCGUGGGUGUAAUAGUGAAGAGCUUCAAUGGGGAGAGGAUGAAGCAAAACCUUGAGAUAUUCGAUUGGUCAUUGAGCAAGGAGGACUUGAUAAGGAUCGAUGACCUCCCACAAAGCAGGGGCUGCACCGGAGAAUUAUUUGUCGAUGAAAGUGGAACUUUCAAGUGCGUCGAGGAGUUCUGGGAUGGGGAAGUUUGAUUUGCUAUUUUCGAUUACUGCAAA